UACAGCAAUAAUGACAAUUUCCUCCUAGUAGUGAAAUAAGACAAACUCAGUUGCAAGCCUCGAAAAUGAGUUUGUUUUUGCCCAAAUUAACUUGCAAAAAGACAUAGAUGAAGUUAUCAAAGGCGUAGCAGAAAAAGUGGUAGUUCUGAGGUUCGGCAGAGACGAAGACUCAGUUUGUCUGCAGCUUGAUGAGAUUCUGUCAAAAACUGCUCACGACUUGAGUAACAUGGCGUCCAUCUAUAUCGUUGAUGUGGAUAAAGCUCCCAUCUACACAAGAUACUUUGACAUCAGCUACAUCCCCUCCACUGUUUUCUUUUUCAACGGGCAGCACAUGAAAGUGGAUUAUGGCUCCCCAGACCACACCAAGUUUAUUGGCAGCUUCAAGACAAAGCAAGAUUUCAUGGAUCUCAUUGAGGUGAUUUACAGAGGAGCCAUGCGAGGGAAAAUGAUUGUCCAGAGUCCAAUAGAUCCUCAAAAUAUUCCAAAAUAUGACCUCCUCUACCAUGGCAUUUAGAAUCAUAACAUUCAUUACGUGGCCUUACUAUCAAAAUGAUUCGCCUUGGCCAUUCCUAGUUACUUAACGAAAUUGCUUAAAUUGUUUGAAGAAGGCUUGAUAUGAUGACUGAAGUGUCUCAGAUUUAGAGACUUUAGCAGAAAUGUUCUUUUUCAUACACAGAGAAAACUACGAACAACACAUUUCUCAUUACUGUUCGUCCUGCUGUUAGAGGUCCCUUGUGUGUUUUUGACUACUAUUGCUUAUAUUAUAGUGCAGUGUUUUGUAUGUAUGGGCCCCGUUUUGCAGGCAGGUGACAUUCGAAUCAGUGGUUAUCCUACUAAUUGACAGGUAAAAUGACAAAAACCUUAAUAUGAAGGCACAAUGAGACAGAAAGCUAGUAAACAUGGAAGUGAAUAAUAGAAAUUACAAACUUUGGACAAAAAGCAGUUUUAUAAAUGUGUUGUGAAGAAGGAAGUGCAUUCAGUUAGACCUCAGGGAUGUGCACAGUUUCUACGGUCUGUUUACACAGGCUAUAAACAACCAGGUGGCUCCUUGUUUGAUUACAAGAAGACGCUACAGGGGACUGUUUACCAGUAUUAAACUACGUCUCGCAGCAUUUGAUUUGAUCUGUGUUAACUUACAACAAAUGCACAUCAUAUAAUAAAGUUGUUAAAGACUCCGUUGUCAAAUUUAAUAACAACGGGACAUUUUCAUCAAUGAAAAACAUUUCGAUUUUUCUACAGUUCUGCUGUUCUCUCGGCCUUUCUCAUCAUCUCUGUCAUAUGUUUGAUAAACGUGACGCUUUUGUUAAACAAUCUUUUUCUUGUGAAAAUGUAUAAUGCCAGUUUGAUGUUUCCCAUGGAAAACAGCUGUAGGUCAGCAGAGAAAUGUAAAUUAUUGAUCCAAUGUGCAUGCCCUGCUGUUACAAUAAACUUUGAACCAUGA